UAGAGUGUUAGCCUAGAGUUAGUGAUAACAGUAAUAAUAUAUAGGUUUUUGAUAGUUGAAGAUUGUUAUUUGGUUCUUUGAAAAAGUGGUCUUGAGUUCUCUGGUUCAAUAAUUACUUACCCCCUGAAAGGUAUAUACGGUACAUGAUGCACUUUGCAACCUGGAUGACGGUAUGAUAUCAUAUUUACGUUUUACAAGUAUUUGCUAUGUAUAUUUUCAAUAACUAUUUGAAAUCGUUGAUCAUUUUUUCCACAGGACUAUGUAAUGCCAUAAAAUGCUUUCAGUGUUAUCGUAUCAGCGAUAUUGUGAUUAUCAACGACAGGAAGGAAUGUCAGGAUCCCUUUACCGGUGAUGGCGUCCACACGUCCGAGUGCAAUACAGCCUGCUCCAAAAGGAGCACAAUUUUGGCUAAUGGCACAACCAUGGUUAACAGUCGUGGCUGCAUGGGGGAGGAUAUAAAAUGCGAAUGUGACGACAAAGACAAAGGUGAAGAAAGAGAAUGCUGUCUGAAAUGUGACGACAAAGACUUAUGUAAUACAUCUUCAUUAAUUGUGAAAAAGGAUCUGAUAGUAUUACUUGCUGCAUUAUUAUUGAUCAGUGUAAUUUUUAACUUGUGUGUAUAAUUGUGAACUAUAUAUAUCGCAUGUAUAAUUUGAGAUAAUCACUAUUUUAUUUUAGUGAAUGGAUGAAAAAUGUCAUGGUCGUUUGCUUCUUUGAUGACGUAAUACCUGUAUAUUCCGAUGUAUAAAAAUUUAAUAAAUACACAAUAUAUAUAAUACGUCGUAC